AUGACUAGAUGUGACAGGCCCAACGAACCGGACAAGCAUGACGACCCGAAUAGGUCGAACGACGCAGACCUGCCCGACGACCUCGACAAGAACAACGACUCGAACGGGCCCGAUGAUCAAGACAGGCCCAAAGACCCGAAUGAGCUUGACAACCCAAAUGGGCCCAACGACAAGGACGGGCCCGAAAGCACGGACGAACCUGAUAUUCCGGAUGGUUCCAAUGACCCAGACAGGCUUGACGAUCUGGAAGGGCUUGACGACUCGGACAGGCCCGAUGACUCGAACGGGCCUGACGACCCGAACCGGCACGACGACCAGGACGGACCCGACGACCAGGACGGACCCGACGACCGGGACGAGCUCGACGACCAGGAUGGGCCCGACCACACAAACAGACCCGACGACUCGGACAAGCCCGAAGACCCAAACGUGCCAGACGCUAACGAUGAGCCCAACGACCCAAACGAGCACGAUGAUACAGACAGGCCCAACGACCCGGACGAACGCAACGACCCAGACAGGCGCGACGACCCACACGGGCCCGACGACCCAGACGAACCUGAGGACACGGACGGGUCCGAUGACCUGGAUGGGCCCGACGACCCGGACAGACCCGAUUACUCAGACCAGAUGACCCAGACGUGCGCUACGACACAGACGGACCCGAUGACCCGAACAGGCCCGUUGAUCCAGACAGGCCAAACGACCCGAACAAGCUUGACAACCGGGAAAAGCCCGGUGACUCGAAUGGGCUCGACGACCCGGACAUGCCCAAUAACCAGGACGGGCUCGAUGACAAGGAAUGGUCGUACGACCAGGACGGGUCGUACGACCAAAACGAGCUUGACGAAACACGGACGAGCCUUACGACCUGGAAGACCUCGAUGA